AGAAUGGCGACAGUUAGUUCAAACGAGAAAAAUAAAAAGAAAACGAGAUCUACCAAAUCUUACAUUUGCAAAUAUUGUGAUAAAAGUUUACAUGGGCCGGGUUCACUUGCGUAUCAUUUAAGAACACAUACGGGUGAAAAGCCUUUUAAGUGUGAAACUUGUGGCAAGGAAUUUGCAAGUAAAGCAAAUCUGAAAAGACAUGGAUUAAUCCAUCUUGGAGUGAAAUCACAUAAAUGUGAUGAAUGUGGAAAGUCGUUUUUGGACAAUCAAAGUUUGGUCGCGCACCAAAAAUUUCAUACUGGUAAACGAGACUAUCAGUGCCCUGUGUGUGGUAUGUGGUUAUUUACCUUUUCUGGUUUAAAAACACACAAAAGAAUGCACACUGGUGAAAAGCCAUUUAAAUGCAAGAUAUGUGACAAAGCAUUUGGACAAAAUCAUAAUGCGAAGCAUCAUUAUCAAGGUCACUUUAAAACUCAUCCUUCGAAAUGUGAUAUAUGUCUUACUGUUAAUAUAAACCUAAAACGUGACUUGGAAAAAUCGCUUGAAAAGUUUAUAAAUGAAAUUCCUUCAGCGGAGUCGAGUAAUGCAAAAUCGCACCAAAAGAUUGAUACUGAGACAGUGCUGCAUGUUAAAGAACACAUCACACAGUACAUUGCAUUUACUCCUUACACAUGCAAUAUAUGUGAUGCAAGGUACAGCCAGAAAAAAAAUCUGCGAUUCCAUAAAAUGAGUCAUACCGGAGAGAAACCAUUUAAAUGUAAAGUAUGUGGUAUAAAAUGCCGCCGGCCAUCAGCUUUGAAAACACAUAUGCGGGUCCACAGUGACGAGAGGCCUUACAAGUGUCAAAUUUGUGGGAGAGGUUUUAAAGAUAGUGGUACUGCUGCAUCACACCAAACUACACAUUCUAAAGAAUGUCGUUUUAAAUGCUUGCUGUGUGAUAAGCCCUUUAGGUGUAAAAGUAGUUUAAAGAAUCAUGAAAAAGUGCACUACCAGUAGUGAAAACCUACCUUUUAAGGAAAGCAAAAUACUUUUUUUUAAAUUCUCAAUUCUGUUUCAUUUGAAUUAACAGGCACAACAGAUUGCUUUAUUAGGGUAUGACACUAUAUUGGAGUUUUUUAUUUUAAUAUUUUUAGAAAACUUGAUAUGCAUUGCCCUACCUUUAUAAAAGUGUAAUAUGCAAUUUAAAAUGACACAUACAUACAUAGUAUAUAAUUAUUUGUAAAACAAGUAUUCAUGCAACUUUGUAUAUCUUUCUGUACAUGAACUAUAUAUAUACUAGACUAACUAUUAAAAUGCUUGCCAAUAUAGUGUCUAAUUUCUUGCCAAAUGUUUUGUGCAAUUUAAAUUUUUGCUUUAUAUAUGUACACAGCAAACACACAAUUUUCUUAUCGUUAUUUUAUUGAAUGUAUUUACACAACAAUGAUUAUAAGUUAUAACACGUUUUAAAUGCAAUUGCCAGAGUGCCCAAUAUUUGCUUUAUUAUAAUAAUUUGGUCUUUUAUGUUAGUAUUAAGCUGUUACUCUAAUAUAUACAUAUCAUAAAUCUUAUUACUUGCCAUAAAUAUAUCACCAGGUUUCAAUUUUGUUUUUCAUUCAUAUAUAUAAACAUAUCACAUGUUUCACAACUGCAUUUUUCAUAUAUGUUUGAUGUUUGAAUUAUAUAUUACUUAACGUCAUCAUUUCCUAACACUUUUUAACACACAGCCUUUUACAACAGCGUUUUCAUAUUCCAGUUAAAAAGUUAUGAUUUUACAGAUUAUUUCGCUACUUAAAUUUUGUGUGAAAAAGCAAUUACUUUUAAACAAUUGUUAAACCAAAGCUAAAGCUUACUAACAUUUUUCAUUGCACA